AUGUUGGUUGCCUUUCGUCGCUCCGCUGUGAGCCACGCGCUGCGAUCCUCUCCCCGAACGUUGUCGGCGAGACCAACUCCUCAGCGCCUCCAAUCGCUCUAUUCAUCAAUUACGGGGCCAUCGUACGCGCCAAAAUCGCUGUUUCAUUCGUCUCCUUUUAGAUUCUCGUCAUCGGCGAUUUCUGUUGAGAAAGAUGCCACCGAGAAAUUUGAUCUGGACCAGCCCGGGCAAUCAACUUCGUUUCGGAAGUUAGCAGAGGAUGGAACAGUUUCACGUCCAUUAAUCGACUGUAUCACAUCACAUUUGCGCCUGGAGAAUAUGACGGAAGUUCAACGAUUGACAAUUCCUGAAUCCGUAAAUGGCGGCGACUUGUUGGCCCAAGCCAAGACUGGUACUGGUAAAACACUUGCUUUCCUUGUUCCUGUCCUGGAGAGGCUUGCCAAGGAUCGUUCUUUGAAUAAAUCGAUUAUCCGUCGCGGCCGGAAGGUUGGAACUAUUGAUAUUAGAUCAAUCAUCAUUUCUCCCACGCGAGAAUUGGCCGAACAGAUUGCAGACCAGGCUGCACCCCUCGCUUCCAGACUUGGAUUGAUUGUACAGAAAGCGGUGGGAGGCACUCAGAAACGGGACGCUUUGCGGCGAGUCUAUGCAGAGGGCUGUCACAUCCUAGUUGCAACCCCCGGUAGACUUCGGGAUCUGCUAUCCAACCACGUCAGUGGCGUGACGGCCCCAAAGCUAUCUUCACUUGUUCUGGAUGAGGCUGAUCGCUUGCUGGACCAAGGGUUUGCUCCCGAACUUAUGGAAAUCCAAAAUCUGCUUCCGGACCCAAAGGAAGUCGACCGUCAGACGCUCAUGUUCUCUGCCACUGUAGCCCCAGAAGUUGUGGGUAUGGUUCGCAACACCAUGAAGCCUGAUUUCAAGUUUAUCAAAACCGUCAACGACAAUGAGAUUCCAACGCAUCUUUCUGUUCCGCAAAAGACAGUGAUCCUAAAUGGCCUCGAAAACGCUAUGCCGGCUCUCUUAGAAUUGGUUAAGCUUAAUUUGGACAGAGUCCCCCCAUUCAAGGCGAUUGUGUACUUGAACUCCACCAAACAUACGAGUACUGCAUAUGAAAUAUUUAGGCACCUGCUGAUUGACCCCGAAACACCGCGAAGCGGUAACCCUCUCGAUCCGUUAUUCCGAGGCGAGAUUCAUUCGCGCCUGUCACAGGCCGAAAGAACACGAGUUUCGAACAAAUUUCGAAGGUGUAAAUCGGGUAUCCUUUUCUCAUCCGACGUCACUUCCCGUGGUAUGGAUUUCCCCGGCGUAACCCACGUUAUCCAAAUCGGUACGCCAAGAGAUCGUGAUACCUACAUCCAUCGUCUGGGCCGAACGGCUCGCGCCGGUAGGACGGGCGAAGGAUGGAUUUUCCUCCAUCAAGGGGAAAAGGGUGCAUUCGAUCGCAUGAUGCGGGAUAUUCCCGUCCACGUGGACAACACAACCCUCACUACCGCUGGCCUCAACAUGUUGGACGAGGCCGAAGUGACCCCCGAGGCUCUAUCCACCUUGAUGCAAGUCAAGUCGGCCACUGCUCAACUUUUGCCAGAAGCCAAAGAGGAGACAAUCUCGGCCAUACUUGCGACUUUGUCUGGAAUUUUCAAGAACAAGCGGAUGUUGAGCACCGCUAUCCAAGACCUCUCAGUCCAUGGUUUCGGCCUCCGCUCUACACCAUCGAUGAGUGAGUAUAGGUCCCAGAUUUUAGGUCUUGACCAGGAGGAUGGUUUUGUCGUCCGCACUCAUCGCCGCACCAAUCCCCGCGGUGGCCGUGAUUUCGCUCGCGGUCGUGGUCACGGUCGUGAUUCCUUCGGUGGUGGCCGUGACCGUCGUGACUCAUUUGGUGGCCGUCGCGAAUCCUCCGGUGGUCGUCGCGAAUCCUUCGGUGGUGGCCGUGAUCGUGGCUCCGGCCGUGGACGUGGUGAGCGCCGUGAGCGCGAGAACAUUGGCGAGUGGCUCCACCAACGGAGGGAUGAGUGGGCUUAA